AUAUAAAUAUCCCCAGGUUACAGUUAUCUUGGAUUCAUGAUAAACGGAUCCACCUAAUAUUGCGCCAUUGCGUUUAAUUUAUUGUAAUCAAUCUGUUUAGGAGAACUGACUUAUCUAACGUCAAUAACUUUUAUAUAAUGUGGAAGUAACAAUCCUCCAAACAUUAGUUACUAUUUACUUUCCAACAUGAGCGCGCGAGUAAGCUUAUUGCUGCUGUUUUUAGGAAUUAUUAAUGGAAACCAAGGUGCUAGAAUUCUUGGAGUGUUUCCCUUUGGAGCUCCAAGCCAUUAUAUACUUGGAAGUACUCUAAUGAAAGGGCUCGCUGAAGCUGGCCAUGAUGUCACCAUCAUUAGCCCUUUCAAGGAAAAGAACCCUCCAAAAGGUGGGAAAUGGACUGAAAUUAUUCUCGAUGAUCUUAUGGAGCCGUUGAAGAAACUAUUUAUUAAGCACGACCCUUUUAAAAUGGAAGGACAGAGUGGAAUAUCUACUAUAAAUCUCAUAAGCACAAUGUCAAAUAUAGUAUCAGAGGGUGCUCUUAAACAUAACAAGAUACAGGAGUUGUUAAAAAGUAACCAAAAAUUCGAUGCAGUUAUUAUUACACAGUUUGGCAUCGAUUCGAUGAAAGCGCUCGCAAAUCAUUUCAACGCACAUUUGAUUCUAUUUAGCAACACCGCGGCAAACUCUUGGCUAAAUCACUUCGUGGGAAAUCCAUCUCUUCCAUCAUUCGCUCCAGAAAUAUUAUUAAAUUUCCCAGAAAAAAUGUCCUUUAUGCAAAGAGUAAAAAACACCAUUUUCAAAUUCGUUAGUACUUUGUACCACAACAUAUAUUUUUAUCCACACCAAAAUACGUUCAUCCAGAAAUACUUCCCAAAUCCUGUGGAUAUAGAAGACACGUUGUAUAACGUGUCCCUAGUGCUGUUAAAUUCUCACGAAAGUAUAUUUACGGCACAACCCCAUGUCCCUUGCAUGAUUCAAAUUGGAGGGUUUCAUGUACAACCACCGAAGAAGUUGCCCGACGAUCUACAAAAUUUUUUGGACGAGGCAAAAGAAGGAGUUAUUUAUUUCAGUAUGGGAUCCAAUUUGAAAAGUCAGAACCUGCCUGUAGAGAAGAGAGAGGCGAUUUUAAAGACUUUCAGUAAAAGAAAGGAGAAGAUACUGUGGAAGUGGGAGGAUGAUGUACUACCUGGUCAGCCACCAAACGUCAAACUAGGGAAGUGGUUGCCGCAACAGGACAUUUUGGCUCAUCCAAACGUAAAGCUCUUCAUAACUCAUGGGGGGCUUCUUAGUACAACAGAAACGGUCUACCAUGGCGUGCCAAUUAUUGCUAUUCCAAUUAUAGGCGACCAAAAAAUGAACGCUUACAAUGGGGAAAGAUUAGGUUAUGGUAUUGUCCUUCCAUUUGAAGAACUUAACGAAGAAAAUCUGUCGAGACUUAUGGAUGAGAUUUUGUCAAAUCCUAAAUACACCAAUAAUGCUAAAGAGCGCUCGAGAAUCAUGCAUGACAGACAGGUCAAACCUCUGGAUAAUGCAGUAUACUGGGUGGAAUACGUUAUACGCCACAAUGGCGCUAGACAUUUGAGGGUUCCUUAUUUGGAACUGACCUGGUAUCAGUUCUAUUUAUUAGAUGUUUUUCUAUUUAUCUUUGCCGUUAUUUUUACGGUUCUGUUUGUGAUUAAAAAGGCUGUUUCGUAUUUAUGUCGUAGGAGUCAAAGUAAGACCAAGAAAGAGUAAAUAUUUUUAUAUUUGUGUUUAUUAUUAACGGUCUAGUAAAUAUAAAAUUGCCUGAAAAAUUUAACUUAGAAUAUCAAAUAUUUUCAGAAAUAUAUGUUUAGUUCAAAUAAUUAUGUUAACAUAAUUUGAGGGUGAAUUUCGCAAACAUUUUGUUGAAUUUCGUUGAUACAGCUCUCAAUUUCCUCCUUCAAGGCAUAGGUGGUGGUGGGCUGGUUGGCGUAAACCAUAGACUACAAAAAGCCCCAAAGAAACGGCGUUAAAUUGCAUGAUCUGGGCAUCCAAUUCUGAUCACUAAAACGGGAAAUUACACGACCAGGAAAUGACUCAUGCAUGCACCGAAUUGUUUCUCGGGCCGUAUGGCAUGGGGCAGCGUCUUGUUGAAACCACGUGCCGUCUACAUCUUUAUCUUGCAAUUUAAACACAAUAAAUUGGAUUAUCAUGUCGCUAUAGCGAGCACCAUUAACUGUUAUUGCCUGACUUGCCGCAUUUUUGAAGAAGAAUGGUCCGAUGAUUCCUUCAGCCCAAAAUCCGCUCCAAACAGUGACACGUUGUGGAUCCAUUUGUUUCUCAACAAUCACUGGUGUAUUUUCUGAACCCCAAAUACGACAAUUUUGUCGAUUAACGAAAUUAAGAUGAAAAUGAACCUAAUCGCUAAAAAUUAUUUUGUUCGAAAAAUCAGCAUCCACUUAUUGUUCCAUAAUUCAUCCAACGAACUCUCUUCAGUUCUUAAGUCAAUGGAACUUUGUAAGCAAAUCUUUCCUAAGAAUACGUUUCUCGAAAUAUUCAAUUCUUGACCAUGUUGCCGAAUUGAUGUUCCACGGCUCUCAGCAACACUCUCAAGAACUACUUCGAUGUUUUGUGUUAAACGACUUGUUCUACAUUUAAUUAUUGCUCCAGAAACAACUAACGUGUCAUUUUUUUAUUAGAACUUGUUACCGUAAAGAAUUAAACUGGUAUGAAACCCUGAA